GAAACUUGGUUGAAAAUUUUAUCCAUUUUUCCGAAUCGUGCUCGCUCCGUUGAGGCAGGACACCCUUGACACACACUCUCAUACCUCAUACACACACACACACUCUCUCUCUCUCUCUCUCAACUCCCUCUCUCUCAACUUCCUACCCAGACACACACACACAUAUAUACAAAAGCAUGAGCGACACGGAGACGAGUGUUGGUGCUGGGGAGACGACGUCGCCAAACGGGGGCGGCAAGCGCGUGCGCGGAACGUGCAAGGUGAUGGAGUAUGGGCGACAAUGCAAGAACCCGGCGCGGACACAGCCCGUGCACAAGAGCUUCCGCAAGAACGCCCGCAAAGCAGGCAUUCGCUUCUCCUCUACCAUGCGCGCAAAGGAUCCCAUCUUCAUUUGUGAUUUGCAUUUUGAGAUGGUGGAUCGCGCGAUCAAGAGCAAAGCCGCAUACCUUUCCAAGAUCCAGGACUGCCCUCCACCAAAGGUCAACUUUGACAAGCUGCCACUCCCGACCCUGAAGAAGUAUAAGACGCGCUUUGGUGUGCGCGACAACGGCACCAAGGACGGCCUCGUCAAGGCGGUUGAGGACCACUUCUCCGCGCAGCACGUGAGCGAGCUGGACGUCAUCUUGGCGUUUGCCCGCACCGUGCGGUCCGACCGCAACUCGUCGCCGCCGUCAUCGACAUCGACAGCGACAGCAUCGGCAUCGCGUGAUGGAGCCACCGCCGGCGCACAGAAGGGGCCGGGAAUGAACACGGGCGCAGAUGGCCCCAGGGCAGACGUGACUGCUGCAACGGCAACGAAGAGCAACAGCAACAACAACAACAAGGCGAAUGGUGCUGUUGGUGAUGGUGAUGGUGAUGGUGAUGAUGGUGCCCUGCGUGGUGGCGGGAGGGGAGAGCGCGGUGAUGGCAGGAGUGAGCACACGCCUGCACAGCAGCAGCAAAAGCAGCAGCAGCAGCAGGAGAAUGAAGUGUGUGGAGGGAAGAAGCAAGUGCGCGAGGGUGAUGCAACUAGUGUUGCUGGCAUGAAGAUGGAGCAGGACGACGACGUUCACGUCGACUCGCAGCAACAGCAACAGCCAUCGUCAUCAUCAGUUGCAGCAACACCAACAGCCACGGCAGCAACGCCUGCGCCUGUGGUGGCAGCGACCUCGUCAUAAUGAAGCCAGCAACAACCCCUGUACCGUAUAUGCACGACGACCACCACCACCUUCGUCGACACCGCUGCCUUGCCUCUUGCCUUCCGUUUGCUUGUAAAUGACCUGCUUCCUCUUCUUCCCCACCCGCGUGCGUGCACCACGAGAGCAGCAUCAACAGAAUAAACAAGAAGCUCCAUCACCAC